AGAAGACAUGGAGGCCAUGUUGUCAAGGGGGGCAACCGGAUUCGCAAGUCCGUCGGGUGGAGAUGGGCGUCGCGGAAGCCAUCUGGACCGCUUAAUCACGGGUAUUGACUCACCGAGGACGCUGGUCGACCCUCCCCGCUUCCGCAAGAGCCCAAGUGCUCCCCGGGUGGGUGAGCCAGAACGGCCCACGCAACUGCUGCCGCUUCCAGGGCUUCCCCCGGCGCAUAUGCAGCAUGACCUUGCGCCCAACACGACCACCCCGGCGUCACAGCCUGCCGCAUCUAAGCGCCAGCUGCGGGUGGAACUGCCUGAGGCAGGGCAAGGGCAGGGCGUGGGGUUGUCCGCCCUGCAAGGCGUGCCUGGGCAACCUCAGGCAGCCGAGCAGCCCGCGGAAGCAGUCGUGGUGCAGUUGGCUGCUCAAGAGCCUCUUGGGGUGGUACCCAGCGGGUCGGCGGUGUGUCCCGACGACGCCACCUUGCAGCCAGCCAAGCCUGCCGACGAGGAUCUUGCCGCCCUACCUGCAUGUACCGAGCCGGCUUUGGAGAGGCCGCUGAUAGUGCCGCCGCUUCCACUAGCGCAACACGCAGACACGGGAGCCGGAGAUUGGGUGUCGGCGCCUGAGAUUACGCCCGUAAAGGAGGAAGCCGUCGUUGGUGCAGGGCCUUUCCAGCUGCGUUCGCACUUUCCAUUGCCAAGCCUGGCUGACAUCCCGGAGCACCCUUCGCCCGAUGCCGCGUCAGCCGCCGUGGCGCCGUUGUCUCCCGCCAUGUCAGCCCGCACAGCCAUAUCCAUUCCAACCUGCGGCGCUGAUCGUGUCUCCAGCAUCGGGACACCGUGCCUCACGCCGGUGGCGGCGGCGGCUCCUCGUGCUGGG